CGGGUCAAAAUGUCUGGUCCGUACAUUAGCGGUCUGGGAGGACGAAAAAGAAGACACAGUGACUCCGAAUCCACGACCACUGAAGAUGAAGGAGAAAUAUGCAGUCAAAAACAUCAAGAAAAUUCCGAUUUUUUUCUUCUACCGGAUCAAGACGAAACCAACCGGACAUCGGACAAAAAACGCCGUGUCACACCCACGGAUGCCGAAUUGAUACCAAAAUACCGCCCGGAAGAUCAAAACAAUAAUGUGAUUGGAUGGUUGCAUAAAAUCGACCAGCUUGGUGAUAUCUAUGAAUGGAAUAACAAGGAUCGACAGUUUAUUAUGCAACUACGCCUGCGAGGGUCAGCGAGGGACUGGUAUGAAGAUUUGGAAGAUUAUAACCUCACUUGGGACCAGUGGAAAACCGCCCUGCAAACAGCGUUUCCUCGAUCUACAGAUUUCGUGGAUAAGCUUGAACAAAUGUUAGCAAGAUCAAAAGAAGAUAGUGAAUCAAUGACAAAAUAUUAUCAUGAAAAAUUGUCAUUGCUUAGGAAGUGCAAAAUUGGAGGAAGCGAUGCAAUUUCGUGCAUCAUUCGAGGAUUACCGGCAGAACUUCGAAACAACGCAAAGGCUUAUAAGUGUGAAACGCCAGAGCAACUCUAUUUUGGAUAUUUAUCGUCGCUCGAAAACUUCAAGAGAGUGGAUGCAGCUUCUACAUCGCGCAAGUCUACAUGGAAAAGAGGCAACGCAAAUUCGUCUACCGGAAGUACUGGAACAUCAACACAACUGGUGCCGAGGGUAUGCUUCGUGUGUCGACGCGUCGGGCACGAGGCGCGGGACUGCAGACUACCUCCGCGCUGCGAGACCUGCCGCCGUCCGGGACAUACGACGGCAGCGUGCUGGUAUGCUACGAGCUCUUCGCGUCCACAAACACAACAGAAUUCUAACAUCAACUUGGAGAAGAAUGACGGUCGUGGGACACGACCAACGCAGGAUGGCCGAGUGUUACCGANUACCUCUACCCUUU